AUGACUUCAUUGUACGACGUUCUCGUCACUGGUUCGGCCGGUCAUCUAGGUACGGCUCUCAUGCUUAGCUUGCCUUCUCUGGGCUUCAACCCCCUGGGUAUCGACAUUCUACCCUCCCCCACUACAACAAUUGUGGGUUCUGUUAGCGACCGCGAGUUCAUUGCCUCCAUUUUUGAUUCCAACCCCAUAAGACACGUCCUCCAUGCCGCGACAUUGCAUAAACCGCACAUUUGCAGCCACAGCAAGGAGCAGUUCAUCACGACCAACAUUGUCGGCACUUUGAUUCUGCUAGAAGAGACUUCCAGGUUCAAGACACAAAUAGACAGCUUUGUCUUCUUCAGUACAACCAGUGCUUUUGGUAUGGCGCUCAGUCCUAAGCCAGGUCACCCCGCUGCUUGGAUCGAUGAAUCUGUUGUGCCCAUCCCAAAGAAUAUUUAUGGCGUGACCAAGGUCGCGGCUGAAGACAUGUGCGCACUGAUACAGAAGCAAACUGGAAUGCCCGUUUUAGUCCUCCGUACUAGCCGGUUUUUCCCUGAAGAAGACGAUGAUGAAGACCGUCGCGCGGCCAUGAGCGAUGAGAACCUGAAGGCUUUGGAGCUAACCUACCGCAGAUGCGACAUUGAAGAUGUUGUAAGCGCAUCAGUCUGUGCAAUGAGAAGAGCCAAGGAUGUUCGAUGGGGAAAUUAUAUUAUAAGCGCUCCACCGCCUUUCGACAAUGACAAGCACACUCUGGAGGCUUUGGAGAGGAACCCCGCGGAGGUGCUGGAGAAACUCUUCCCUGAGGUGGAUGUGGUUUUCAAGGAAAAAGGAUGGAAGCAUCUUGCCAGGAUCGACAGAGUGUACGAUUCAAGCAAGGCGGUGAAGGAACUACGGUGGAAUCCUAAGUACACAUUCGAAAAGACAGUGGAGAGAUUGGUACGCGGCGAGCAAUGGAAGAGUGACUUGACAACAAUGGUCGGUAAGAAAGGUUAUCAUGCUGUGAGCACUGGGGUGUAUACGAAGCGAUGA